AUGUCGGGCUCCGGAAGUGUGGCAAGGCGUAGGCUGUUUUCAUUCUUCAGAUGUGUGGUCUGUCGGUGUUACGAGAAGUUGGCACACUGGCUCUAUGGGCGACCUGUUUUUGGUGCAAGUGACAAGAUCAUCGAGGAUCAUACCGAAGCGUGGUGCAUUGCAAAACUCCGGACUCUCGUUGGGCCACUCGGGCCCAGUAUUGAUUAUCAGCCCUACAAGGACGAAUUUGAGCUUGCCGAACAACUCGUGGCUAUGGAAAUGGGCCCGAAACUUGGCAAGCUAAUCAAAGUAGGCACCUUGCGCCAGGAACUACAAUCUCUGUCAGGUCCGUCUGUAUCGACGCAGCUACUAGACUUCAUCGAUUAUUUGCUUGUCGUUGAUAUGGCAAGGAGACCAACUUCACGGAUUACACUAGAACAUCCAUACCUACUGUCUAUUUAA